AUGCAUCCCGUAAAUGAGAACUGCACGGUCCGGCCAGCGACCGCCCCUCUGCUGAAGCCAAGAAAGUUUGAAAUUCUUCAGCUAGGACGAGGACACCACCAGGGUAUGUUGAUGCACUGUACGGUGUCAGCCUGUGCUGGAUGCCUGAUGAUGCCUGGCGAGGAGGAAUUGCAGAGGCUUUUCGAUGCGCUGCCAGCGAGCAAGCAGUGUGCGCUGAUGGACUUGCAGGAUAGCUUUGCCGAUCGCGACUCCGAGAAGACGCUUCUGGGCGUGGCCUGCACCAACGCCUUCCAGAGCGGCCAGCGCUUGGACGACACCUGGGAUGAGACGGAGGAGCGAGUCCUGUACUUGGAACUCAGCCGCUUCAACCACUCCUGCUGCCCAAACUGCGAAGGAAGCUGGGACGACCGGCUAGGCCUGCUGCAAAUCUAUGCCUGCGAGGAUAUUCAUCCUGGGGAUGAGCUCUGUUUGUACUACACUGACGUUCGCAAGCCCCUACGAUUGCGGCAGGAGAAGCUCCAAUCGUUGGGCUUCACCUGUGCCUGUCCGGUCUGCAGUGCCGCAGGCGGGGCGCUUUUUUUCUUACUGGGUCAGUUGGUGCAACAGCUCCGUUUGCCAGAUCCCACCAGCGAUGAGCGCCGUGAGCGCUUAUGGCGCUUGACAGAGGAGAUUCCCAGCUGCGAGGAUCCCGAGCAGGCAGAAACGAUCCACGUGUAUGGAGGGCUCAUCUUGUAG